CCUACGCAUUCAGAAAGAGGCACGCGCGCUACCGGUCCAAUCGCCACUGCACGCUGCGCGGUGAAUCGAAGUUGCGUCCACCUCUGAGAAAAUAAACCUGAGUUUGCAGCGUGUGAUGAAAGAUAACCGCGCGAAGCAGAGCUUCUGAAUAAAAGAAUCACCUUGGAAUUUCGCGGUAACGAGACCAAAUCCGGUGGCGAGACGUAAAAUGAGUUAUCUGGACAGAUGCACAAAACCGCGGUUCGUGAUGUAUCGCAGCGACAGGCAGAAGUCCCGUUUCUGUGCCGAGCGAUAACAAUAACGCGGAUAUUCAGCCUUGGCUGCAGUACCUCUGUCGAAAUCAGGUUUUUAAAACGCUUAACGGCGAUCCGAUGCACCUUUUUUGAUGCAGUGAUAAAUUUCGCAGUGUGAAGCCACGGUUUUAAUGGAAUAACUCAUUUACGAACUGUUAACAUUUGGUCACGGGGUCUACUCAGUCUAAAUUUUUUAUGUGGUUCAGACAAAGACUUGUUCUGUAAAACUGCGAGAAGGAGCAGCUCGGAGGGAUAUGAGUCCACCAUGCUCCAUAAUGACAACCAGCGCUAAUUUUAAUAUAUCCAUUUGAGAAUCAUCUCGGGUAGCAUUGGCAAUGGCUGGAGGAGGUUGCGGUUCAUUUUACAUCUGGAUUUGUAUGGUCGCCUGCAGGUUCACACUACCGUUAGCCAAGUCCUUGGACACCAUAAUUUGGAGCUCGCAAAAUCCCAAUGGCCACAGCCAAGCCAGCUGCCCUCUAUCAAGGUAGAAAACAUGGCCCAGAUGGACUCUCCAUGGUGUGUAAAGAUCUCCUCUGCAGGCGUGGCGCUCAUAGCAGCCAAGCUGGGCCUGCACAUGCCAAAAACUACUCAGCGUCAAAAAGCCAUUGGAUGCUAGAGAGCUCUUGGGGAUGAUGGCCCUUGACUGGAUUUCCCUAGACCCCAGAACUGGACAAGAGUGAACCCCUUUGUCUUUUCAACAGGCAGAAAGUGGAGAAACAAUGCAUAGGUUCCAGAGUGGCAAAGGACUGGUGAUCUAUCCUGAUAUCGGAGACAAGAUGGAUAUUAUCUGUCCGAAGGCAGAUUCAGGCCAGCUGUAUGAGUAUUACAAGCUCUAUCUUGUAAAGAAAGAACAAGCAGAGUCCUGCAGCACUGUACUAGACCCAUAUGUGUUGGUUACCUGUAAUAAACCUCAGAAGGACAUCAAAUUCACCAUCAAGUUCCAGGAAUUCAGCCCCAACUACAUGGGUCUGGAGUUCAGUAAGAACAAAGAUUACUACAUCACAUCCACGUCCACUGGGUCUCUGGAAGGUCUGGAGAACCGAGAAGGAGGUGUUUGCAAAACAAGGUCCAUGAAAGUCAUCAUGAAGGUCAGCCAAAACCCCAACAUGCCAGUGCCAGACACAGAUCAGGCAGAAUCCUCUGUACCUGAACCUGAUGCUAGUUUAAACCCUGCAAAAUCAGACCAGGAAGGACCCCUGGAAGCUGGAAACACUGAUACCAUCAACCAGGAGAACAAGAAUGACAGCAUAGAAGGCAUAUUGGGCUCCAAGAUUGCUGUGUUCUUAUCUAUUGGCGCUGGUUGUGUCAUCUUCCUCAUCCUCAUUGUGCUCCUCAUUGUUCUGCUCAUCAAAGUGCGCAAGCGUUCACAAAAACCCACGCAGCCACGGCCAACCGCUCUCUCACUCAGCACACUGGCCACCCCCAAGAUUGUGGGGAGCAGUGGCUCUGAGCCCAGUGACGUCAUCAUUCCUUUACGGACCGAGAACAACUACUGCCCGCAUUAUGAAAAAGUUAGCGAGGGUUAUGGGCAUCCUGUCUAUAUAGUGCAGGAGAUGCCACCCCAGAGCCCAGCUAACAUUUACUACAAGGUGUGAUCCUGGAAAAACUAAGAUCACAUGUUUUUUCUGUUAGACUUCCAUUAAAGGAGCUUUUUGCGAGCUGCAGAGUUUUUCUUACCUUAACCUCGGACAUGGGAAGAUUUUGUAAAAUAAGGAGGUGAAGGGAAGUGACCAUAAGAGAAACAGUUGAAUGUACAGCCUGUAUGAAAAGAAGAUGAUAAAAUAGUUUGUUAUUGUAGGCUAAAGUUGAACUUUCUACCUGUUUCUUCUUCCUUAGUUUUCAUACAAGGUGAACUGGGUAAAGUGCUAUUUAGAGUGAUCUCAAGUUACAUGAUAUGCUUAUUGGCUUAGAACAAAACAAAAAAAUUGGUUUCCUGUGCAAUACUCAAGAAACAAAGCAUCUAGAAACCAUACACUGAACCCGAGAACAUGUUUUAGAUGUUUGUUAUUAAAUCCUGCUAUUUCUGGUCGACCAUCUGGUCGUACUUGGAGCCUUUUAAAUGCUCAGGUAACGUGGCAGAAGGAGGACAUAUAAAGGAGAACAUAUGUUUGCCUUACUAUUUUUGAUGAAAUUCAUUGUAAGUGUUGAUUUUCAGCUUUGUUUUAGGCAUGUUUUUCCCACAAUGUAAUGUAACAAUUCACUUUACAAUCCCUGUUGCAAACAUGCAUACUAAACAAUCAUUCAACUGUUCUUUUGCAUAUAGGUAGUAAUGAUGUUCUUCAUCAUGAGUUUAUGUACACAUUUCCAAGUACAACCAGCCUCUGUCCCUUGUAUUUUUGACCCCUGUAUUUCUUGUGCUCAUGUCAAGGCAACCAACAGAAAAUCGUGGAUUCUGAGCAGCUCAGUGGAACAGGAUUAAUGAUGGGAAACGUACAUGCAAGUAUUAAUGAUUUAAAUAUUACCAAUUUUAAUUAGCGUUUCAGCAACACACAAGCAUGAUUCAUGACUUAGGAACUAAAAUAAAAUGUCAACUAACAAAUAUUUCUGGGAUCAAGCAGAAUGCUUGUUUGGAAGCUAAGCCUCUGCUCACACAUCGAAUAGUUAGUUAAAGUAGGAAAAAAUGGAUAUUAGUUCAGGCAGUUCAAUAGCACAGGAGCUGGAAGGAAACUUGUGUGUCAAAAGCAAAACUGAACAGACAAAAAAUUAAAUAUCAUAGCCUGAAGAAGUGUGGCUUAGAUGUGAAUACUGGAACAAGAGAUGACAGAAACACAGAUUAUCAGAAAUUGUUUUUUUCCAAAAUAUAAAUACAAAUAAGUUCCUUUUGGUCAUUAUGACAGAGGGUGAGCAUGUGGUCUUGUGACAAUUUAAUCAUCUCAAUACAAGACAAUAUUGGAGGUUAUUUUGUUUUUCUUUUAAGUAAAUCAUGAUCAUUUUCAAUUUUGAAGGUUACUGUCUGUUUGAUAGUAAUUUAUCAAGAAUAAAUUUAAAUCAAAUUUGUCUGGCACAGAAUUUGUAAGAGAAUAUUCAAACAUUUCUUUUUAUUAAAACAGUUUCUUUUUAUUAAAAAAAGUAGGCAGCAUAGCAAAGGACGGUCAUCCAUGUUAAAAGAAAAUUAAUUUAAAAAAUUAAUAAAUUAAUCAAUUAGUUGAUUUGAUUAAUUAAUAACAAUGUAAAGUUAAUGAAUAAAUGAAUGGAUGAAUUAAUAAAUUAUUAAAUUAUUAAUACUGACAAACGAUUAACAGUAAAACUUUGACUUCCUUUUGCCCUGUGUUUAUCUCCAUAGACAAUGAUUGUAGACAUUCUCCUUAUAUAUAUAUAAAAUAUAUAUAAAAAAAAAAGUAAGAAAUACAGCAUCAGCAUCUCUAGGAGAGUGGAAGUAAUUUCCAUUGUCUUCUGGGAGUAUUUCCUUUCUCUUUUACUGUUUUAUUUUUAGCUAUUGUCUAUGUUAUUUACAAUCUGGCAAAAAAAUUACAUAUUUACUCAAUGUACUCAAUUUGAGUCAAUGUAAAUAUGUGGAUAAACAAUAAAAAGAAAAUCUAAUUUACCUGAGUGCUGUGUAAGCAAAGAAUACAGAAUUUUUGUAAUGAUGUUUUUUGUAAAUAGUUGUCUCUUUAAAUUGCAUUUUGUAUAAAUUCUCUCUUUUCACUUUUCUGAGUGGGACAAAGCUAAAAUUUCAGUACUCUAUGAGAGACUGAUGCACAGCAUCCAGACAUACCCAAAGUGCCAGACAUGUUUUUCCAUUUAAGAUAGACAUUGUUGAACCCAGAUACCAAAUUAUAAAUCUAAACCAUUCUACUUAUGGACAUGGAAGAUAACCAGAAAAAUCAUCUCAAUAUGGUCGCAGCUAUGAGCUUGACCAUAACCACCAUUUAUCUCUAACAAGCACUAAGAUUAGCACCUAAAUUAUAGCACUUCAUUCUAUUUUGGGACACCCAUUAUUUUAUAUCACAGGACAGUGCCUUUAACUGUGUGCACGUUAAAUUAAUCACAUGUUUGUUUUCAGGUUGAAUAUUUACAUAGUGAGGUUUGCCUUGCCAUGUCUCUGUCAUUCUGAUAAAUCAGAAGGUAUGUGAACUUUAUGAACUUUACCUCAUUUCCCAGCUCUGUCUUUCGGUGGCUUCUGGGAGCAAGAAAGUACAUGACAUAAUGACACCUAUAUUGCUGAGACAACCUUGACUUCACUUUUGUAGGUCCCUGCUAUGAGUGCACACUGUCCAAAAGGUCUCAUUAUUUGCUUGAUGGUGGUCAAGCUAGAUGCAAAGACCUGUUAAUUAUUCAGUCACUUUUGCAUAGUCUCCCAACAACAAAAUGGAGCUGAAAAAUAAGACACUCUAGGGUUUUACAUACAUCACUUAUCAUUAUUACAUAAGGUACCAGGUUCCUCAGGUUUUGCCUAGUAUUUCUUUCCCAUUUUUAACCAGGAAUUCACAGUUCAGAGUUAUAUGUUGGUGUUUUGCUCAGUAUUGUACCAUGUGUUAGCCCUCACUUCCCUUCCAUGGAUGUAGUUGAUGUGUGGGUUGUUUAGAUUUUUUUCAGGUUUGUGUAGCUUCAUGUCAGUGACCCUGGUGAAUCUUUUUACUAGAUACAUUUUGCCUUUACAAAAUGGAUUGGUUCUCAUUACUUGUGGAACUGACAGCUGUGUCAUAGUAUUAUGUUGGGUGUACAUGCUUACAAAGCCUGGUUUCCUCUCUUUAUAUCUCCAUGUUGUUUUUGUCACGUACACCACUUUUUUUUCUUUUUCCUAUGGUGUAAUACAAAACAGUAUUUUAAACCUGAUAGUGCUUGUGUGACAGAAUAAAAAAUGUCAAGGUGAAUUUUC